AUGAAUUACCUCCAGGUCCCUGAAAGCCCAGCGACAACGCGGAGACGGAUUUCGGACCUCCAUUUUGCGCAGACGCUCAACGAACUGCGGAAGAAGAGCAUCUCGGAGCUGUCACUAGUGUUUGAUGUUUUGCGCGGAGGGACCCCUUCACCCUGUGGUUCCGGAAUUAUCCAUCCGGAACGGGACGAUUCGGAAGAGACCAACCCUGGUCCAUUGCCCGAGGAGAAGCGCAAAAAGAGCCGCCGAAAACGCGUGCAAAGCACCUGGAAAGCCCUACGAAUCCAGAAUCUUCAGCGAAAUUACCAUAUCGUUCAAGAAGAAAAGGCUAUGCAAGCGGUGCCCACCGCUCCUAUCGACGCCUCCAAAUUUGUGGCCUACGUUUCGGAACGGCGGAAGAAGCGGAUACUUUUCAAGGGCGAGUAUUUGAUGAUCCAACGCUCAAUCGAUGCCCAAAAAUGCCGCUCAGAUGUGGGGACGACGAUGAAUGAGCGGAACCCCUAUCCGGAUACGCUACCCUAUGACUACAAUCGCGUUAUUUUGCCGCGAAUUCCUGGCAACGAAAAUUCUCAUUACAUCAAUGCCAGCUAUGUAAAUAGCUGGUUACGCGAGAAGCAAUAUGUCGUCACGCAAGCCAUCAAAACCAAGCCGAUGAACGCCGAGUUUUGGCGACUGAUUUGGGAAGUGCGCACGAACUGCAUCGUCAUGCUGACGAAGGUCUUCGAUUUUAUGCGGGUGAUGUGCCUGCAAUAUUGGCCGAUGACCAAGUUCCAAUUCGGCGACAUCGAAGUCGAGACGCUCGAGGUGAAGACGUACGCCCACUUUGUGAUCCGGACAUUCCGGAUGACGCGUGAUGUGGACGGGGAAGCUCAAAGCCGCACCGUCAAGCACUUCCAUUUCACCGAGUGGGAGCUCGACUCCUUUCCCUACAUUUCGGCGUUUAUUGAACUACGAAGACGAGUGCGACAAUAUCUUGAGCGGAACCCCGUAGAUGCCCCAAUGGUCGUGCAUUGCAGUGUCGAUUACCAGAGU